CCUAUCUCCAUAAAAGUAUGAGUCAGAGUCUCUUUCUUCGUUAAUGUAUAUGAGAGUCAUGGCUUCAUCUCUCCGCUUAAAUCACUCCUGCUUCUCUCCCUCUUAUUCAUCUCCAACACCUAAACCUCACAGAAACUGCGUCGCAAUAAUACGAUGCGGCCCAAGGGACAACCGAGGACCGCUGCAUCGCGGCAGAAUUCUGAGCAUAGAAGCAAUUCAAGCCGUUCAAGCACUGAAACGAGCCGAAAGAGUAAACGAGACACAGAUCGACGAAUUCGUCUCCAAAACCCUAUCCCGACUCAUCAAACAAGACCUCCUUGCGUCCCUGAAAGAGCUCCUCAGGCAAGAUCGGUGUCAUCUCGCCCUUAAGGUCUUUGAAGCCGCAAGGUCUGAGCUCUGGUACAAGACCGAUUGCUCUCUGUACGCAGACAUGGUGACGGCAUUGGCAAGGACAGGGAUGAUAGAGGAGAUUGACCGUCUGAUAUCUGUGGAUCUGGAAAGGGACGGGUUGGGCGCCAGUGAAGAACGAGGGCUUUCUCGGCUCGUCAAGGCAUUGAUUGCUGCGGAGAGGACAGAAUCGGUGGUUAGGGUUUAUGGGUUGAUGAAGAGAUGUGGGUGGGUAUCUGCAUCUGCAUCUGCUUCUGCUUCUGCAACUGAUGAGUAUGUGGUUAAGAUAUUGAGCAGAGGGUUGAGGAGAUUGGGGGAGGAGCGAGUUGCUGAUGAGGUUGAAAUGGAACUUAUGAGUUCUGUCCCAAAAGGCAAAUUGGAUGAACUGAGGGCUUGAAAUAGAUGCUUCUACCCCAUUGUUAGGGUAAGGUUGAUUUAGAUGAGGCUUGUUUGGUUGUGUACCUGUUUUACUUUUAUUGUUUAUAGUUUUAGAAAAUUCCCAGAACAAAUAAGAA